GAAACAGCUGUUUUCUGAGCUGGUGAAAAUAUUUUCAAAGUUGCAAAACUCGGAAAAAUCCAAAUACACUAAACGCUCUAGAUCAAAAUAAAACGCACAAAUUUUGAGGAGUAGCCACGAGCGGAGCCGUUACAUAACCCUGUGGGAUUGUGAAACAUGCCCGGAGCUUUGGAAAGCGAGCAAGAUCCCGUCGAGGUGAUGCUUAAAAAGACCGGCUGCAUCGAUCUACAUUACAAGGUGCAAGAGUGUAUAGCGGAAACGGGGGACUGGCGCAUGUGCCAGGAGAAGGUCAAGGAGUUCAAGGCCUGCAUGCAAAAGUAUGUGGACCAGCAGAGUAAAAAAUAUGCCAAUGUUAAGUAG